GUACUGUGCAUUUUGCGAUCUUAUAUUCUGUUUUUUUAAAUUUUUUACUUGUAUUGUACAUGCAGUUAAUGUGCGUCAGUGUACUGGGGUCUGGGAGAGGAAUAUACUCUCUUGUUGGAUUACACUUAACAUCACAAACGCGCGCACACGUACACCAUCAACACUGGAAGUAGCUAGUUAUCACGAUAUUUUCCAUCCAGUAUGCUCUCCUCUUCAGCAGGAACGAAGGAGCUAACAAAGGCUGUUGCAGCCGGGGAUGCCAAGAAGAUCAACAAGAUCUUGAAGAUUGAUAAGAAGGGCGUCACAAAAGGCGAUAAGAUAAAAGCCAAAGGUUUAAAUAUUGAGUGUCGGGACGUUGAGGGAAAGACACUACUGAUGAAGGCAGUCAUGAUACAAAAUAUCAAAUGUGUCCAGGCUUUAAUUUACUGUUCUGCAAUAGUGAACGCUAGAGAUAUAGAUGGGAAUACUCCAUUACACUUAUCUUGUGAAGGAGCAGAAUGUGACGCCCGUAUAAUACAGGAACUCGUCGACGCACAUGCUGACGUCGACAGUCGCAAUAGAGUCGGAGAAACUCCACUGCACAAGGUA